AUGGCGGUGAGUGUGGACCUGAAAAAACCGCUAACCUUGAAGCUUCUAAUCAGUGGGCGCGUUCAGAUCGUUGAAUACGAAUCAUUGCCUACAAUCUGCUUCUCAUGUGGUCGGUAUGGACAUGUAAAGUAUAUCUGCCCAGAUAAAAUUAUUGUCGACCAGCAUGAUUCAAAUGACCCAAAUGAUCAAAUAAGUGAACCACAAUUGUCGACUGCCAAUCAAAGCUCUAAACCAUUUGGACCAUGGAUGGUUGUUGAGCAAAGACAACGGAAGAGCAAUAAAAAACCUCCAACAGAUAAAGGACAAAAUCUGGAGAACAAUGGUUCGCUUUUUAAUCCUCUUUAUGAAUCAGCCGAUGAUGUUACAGUUGUUGCAUUUGAAAAUCAAGCUACAUAUACCAACAAAGUUACUCACACGCCAAAUACUGUUCAGACUCCUCAUGCUCAUCAUGCUUCUCAUGGACCGAAUGUCUCCCAUGCUUCCCACGUGACUAAUUCUCUUUCCUCAGCUAAUCACGCACAGUCCAGCAAAAGCAACUCCAGCAGUCAACAUACUAUAAAAAACAAGAUGGCCACUCUUGCCCGUAAACCACUAAUGAUCCCCAAGAUCACUGCUAGAUCUUCAAAAAGAAGCCCGGGUCAAUCCAGUAACCAAUCCCACCAAAGCAAUGUUGAACCACGUGUUACCAUACUGGACAGGUCAAAACAUUCGGCCAUCGUUCUAGCAGAGAAUACAAAUCCAAACAUUAUUGAUGACGUGAACUUGCAAGUCAUGCACGGAACCACCCAACACAAAUCCAUACCACGAGAACCACCCGAUACAAACCAACUUCAAUCGAGUGAAGCAUUUUCUAAAAGACCAGAUGUCGAUCCUACUAGUCUUGCUUAA